AUGCUCAUGACGUCUGCGGCAACCGUGGCAUUCGCCUUCGAGCCGCUUACCUACUAUGGAUUCGACAAAGAUUCGCACUCGGCAGCGGCCCAUGAAGGGUUGGAAGAGAUUUACGCUGGCAAGCUGUUUCAAAUGGCCAUCCCAACCGCGACUGCCCGCAUGUUCCUUGGGGCGUUGGCCGCGUCGAACAAGGCGAACGGCUUCGAACCGAACUCGCCGGAAGCGAUGUUCUAUACCACGGGGCGGUUGCCUUCUCCUCCCGAUCGCUCGUCUGGCGAAGGCACCGGGUUCGCUCUUGGUGAAAGCGUUUUCGAUCGCGACGGUGCAUCGAUGGUCAAUAUCAACUGCCUGGGUUGUCACUCUGGAGUCGUCAACGGGCAAGUCGUCGCCGGGCUGGCAAACAAUCACAUCAAUCAAUCCGAUCCGCGGAACCCACGAACGCGGGGUGAUAACUAUGGCCCCUACGAAGUCUGGCGUUUGAGUUCUCAACUGAUCGACCCGGCGAACGAGGGCCUGGCCCUUGCCACGGAGAAGACUGAGCUGCAGAAACUGUUCAACUCGGUCCAGCUGCCGCCGGUCGACCCGAUGCCGUGGUGGCUGAUGAAAUACAAGACGAAAGACUACUGGUACGCCGAUGCGGGCCCCCACGACGCGGCGAGUUUUUCGAUCAACUUCACCACGCCCUACCCAGGCAUGAACGAGCACCACGAGGAGCACGUGGGAACCGUAGCCAAGGCAUUGACCUUCGCCCGCGAGACCACGUCCCCGCCAUUCCCAGAAAGCUUGGAUGCCGAACUAGUGCAACAGGGCUCCGACCUGUUUCACGGUCGCGUGCCGCCGGAGAACAAGGCAGGUUUUCGAGCCUGUAAGACCUGCCACGGGUCUUAUACGAAAAGCCCUUCCGAACCCGACUUGAGCAAGCCGGGCUCGUGGACGGUCGACUACGACUUCUCGCACGUGAUCAGAAACGUAAAGACUGAUACGGCCUACAACGAAACCCUGAAACAGUUCGCUCCGAUUGCCGAACACGUGAGCAAGUUGGCCGAGUACUACGAAGCUCAAGGCAAGCCGGAACUGGCACCGCGGGCGACCGUGCCCUCGACCGAUGGCUACGUUGCUCCGCCGCUGGUUGGUGUUUGGGCCUCCGCACCGUACUUCCACAACGGUUCGGUUCCCACGAUCGAAGCGGUACUCAACUCGAAGCAACGGCCCGAGAUUUGGUCGCGCACCAAUCGCGACCCUCACGCUUACAAUCUCGCGCAAGUUGGAAUGGCCUACGAGGAUGUGACUCGCGACGAGUUCGCAGCCAGUGCCGCCGCGGCCGACGGCAAGCCGUUCAGCUCCUCAGCAGCGGUUGACCACAGUACGAUGUACGACACCGCCGCCUACGGGCACGGCAACAUGGGCCAUACCUUUGGCGACUCUUUAACUCAGGACGAACGACUGGCCGUGAUCGACGACAACCUUAUUCGAACAGGCUUCAUCGUAGCCGGCGUUAUCAACAUCGCGGGUGCCCUGGGCACGUCGAUGGCGUUCACCAACCCGGAGCUUGGACAGGCCGAUCCCACGGCGAUGUCCAACUUCGGGCUGCUGGGCAUUAUCCUGUGGGGCCUGGCAUACAUCGCCACGGCAAACCACUGGCGCCAGGUGAAGUGGCUCGCAGCUGUGUUCUCCCUCGAGAAGGCCCUGUACGCGGUCCACUGGGCCAUGUGGAUCCAAGGCAAUCAGGAUACGGUUAAGUCCCUCUUUGAACGCGAUUUCAUGAGCGGCCUGUUCUUCAGCAUCUAUGGCCCAACCGAUCUGCUGUUUGCGAUCUUCUUCGCCUACGUCUUCGAAACCGGCCUGGCUCGCAGACGCAGGUUGGGUUCGACCAGCCUACUGUCCCUAUGUCCGUGUUUUUCCCUGGGUUACGUGGAGAUUGGCCGGCGCCGGGCCUCGUUGACGGAUCAUUUUUGUACCUUUAAACUCGCCGCGAGCGCUUUGGCGGCAAAAUGUCGCCAGGGGCGCCCCACUCGUAGUUUUCAGCCACCUUUCGCACGGAAUGUACGCAUGGCGAUUUCCACCUCGGGCAUCGAACAGCUUUCGAUCAACACGAUUCGCACCCUGUCGAUGGACGCCGUUCAGGCAGCCAACAGCGGCCACCCUGGCACCCCCAUGGCGCUGGCCCCCGUGGCCUACACCCUGUGGACAAAAGAGCUGAACUACGAUCCCAAACACCCGCACUGGCCCGGCCGCGAUCGCUUCGUGCUCUCCUGCGGGCACGCCUCGAUGCUGCUGUAUGCCACGCUCCACCUGGCCGGCGUGAGCAAAGACGACGGGUCGAAAGAACUCGCGAUCACGCUGGAAGACAUUCGCAACUUCCGCCAAUGGGGAAGCCCCUGUGCCGGGCACCCCGAGCAUGGGCACGCCGCGGGCAUCGAAACCACCACCGGUCCCCUGGGCCAAGGCGUAAGCAACAGCGUGGGCAUGGCCAUCGCCGCCAAGUGGUACGCCGAGCACUUCAACAAGCCCGGGUUCGAGCUGUUCGACUACAACGUGUAUGCCGUGUGCAGCGACGGCGACUUGAUGGAGGGCAUCAGCAACGAAGCCGCUUCACUGGCCGGGCACUUGAAGCUGUCGAACCUGUGCUGGAUUUACGACGACAACAAAAUCACGAUCGAAGGCGGCACCUCGUUGGCCUUCAGUGAAAACGUGCCGGGGCGUUUCGAGGCUCUAGGUUGGCACGUCAUCGAAGUGGAAGACGCCAACGAUGUGAGCGCGAUUGAAAAUGCCCUCUCGCAAUUCGGCGAUGUGGACGACCGGCCCACGCUGAUUGUGGUGCACAGCAAGAUCGCCUGGGGAUCGCCCAACAAGCAAGGCACCAGCAAAGCCCACGGAUCUCCUUUGGGAGACGACGAAAUCCGCCUGACCAAAGCCGCCUAUGGUUGGCCCGAGGAUGAGAAGUUCCUAGUGCCCGAGGGCGUUCGUGAGAACUUCGAAGAACAACUCGGUCGACGCGGGGCCGAAAGCUACGCCGAAUGGACCGAGAAGUUUGCCGAGUACAAAAAGGCCUUUCCCGAGUUGGCCGCACGUUGGGAGCAAAUGCAAAGUGGUGAGCUGCCCAAGGGUUGGGACGCCGACAUUCCGACAUUCGAUGCCGACGCCAAGGGGCUGGCCAGCCGGGUCUCCUCAGGUAAGGUGCUCAACGCGGUGGCCAAGAACGUGCCGUGGCUCUUGGGCGGAUCGGCCGACCUCGCCCCUUCGACCAUGACACUGUUGGACUUCGACGGUGCGGGCCCAUUCGAGGCCGGCAGCUACGGGGGUCGCAACUUCCACUUCGGCAUUCGCGAACAUGCGAUGGCCGCCGUGAUCAACGGAAUGGCCCUCUCGGGAUUGCGACCGUACGGCGCAACGUUCUUAGUCUUCAGCGACUACGCCCGUGGGGCGUUGCGGCUCAGUGCGAUCAUGGAAGUUCCGGUGAUCUACGUGUUCACGCACGACUCAAUCGGCGUGGGCGAAGACGGACCAACGCAUCAGCCGAUCGAACACCUGGCCGCACUGCGGGCCAUCCCCGGCAUGAUCACCAUUCGCCCCGGCGAUGCCAACGAAGCGGCCGAACUGUGGCGCGAGGUGAUGUGUUGCACAAACCGUCCGGCGUCGUUCGUCCUCUCGCGACAGAAUCUGCCCACGCUCGAUCGCACGAAGUUCGCUGCGGCCGAAGGGGCCCGACGUGGGGCCUACGUGUUGGCCGAUCCUGAAAAGGGCCAACCGAAAGUGAUUCUGAUCGGCACCGGCAGCGAGCUUUCGACCUGCGUUGAGGCCUACGAGCAACUUACCAAAGAGGGGAUUCCCGCCCGCGUGGUGAGCAUGCCUUCGUGGGAGUUGUUCGAAGACCAGGACGAAGCCUACCGCAACAGCGUCUUCCCGCCGGAAAUCACGGCCCGGGUUGCCCUGGAGGCCGGCUGCGAUCAGGGGUGGGCCAAGUACCUAGGCUCACAAGGACGCUUCAUCGGCAUGAAAGGCUUCGGAGCCUCCGCUCCAUUCGCCGAACUCCUCAAGCAAUUCGGCCUCACCGCCGAGAACAUGGUGAAGACCGCCAAGUCGCUGAUCAAGUAG